AUGACGAAGGGAAAGAAAUUCGACAAGAAGAGUGCGCAGCACUUCACCCUCGUCCACCGACCGCAAAAUGACCCCCUCAUCCACGACGAAAAUGCGCCCUCGAUGGUGCUCAACCCGGUGCCUCAGAAGGGUGGGCCGUCGAAGAGCAAGCAUCUUAGCGACCUUGCAUCUGAAUUUGGGUCGGAAGCAGGCAGCAUACGCGCAAACGAAGGAGAGGCGGCAGAAUACGGCGUUUACUACGAUGACACUGAGUACGACUACAUGCAGCAUCUGCGCGGCUUGAACUCUGGAGGUGGUGAGGCCGUCUGGGUCGAGGCCUCGGGUGCCGCAAACAAUGACCGAAAGGGAAAGCAGACGCAAUCACUCGAAGAUGCGUUGCGACAGAUGGACCUGGAGCAAAAGAGCGAGGCUUUGCUGGAUCCCUCCCUCCUCCCCAACAAAAACCUCCCGCGAACCAACUACGAGACACAGGUGGAUGUCCCCGAUGCCAUCGCUGGAUUCCAGCCCGAUAUGGACCCCCGGUUGAGGGAGGUGUUGGAGGCAUUGGAGGACGACGCGUAUGUGGAUGAUGAGGACGACAUUUUCAAAGAGCUGUCCAAGGACUCGCGGGAAGUCGAUCAGUACGAAUUCGAGGACCAAUACGACUACGACGACGAGGACGAGGGUUGGGAAUCAGACGACACUGCCAAGCCAAACAAGGAGUACAAGGAUGGAGCAGUGCCGCAGCUGGUCCCUGUUGAAGGGGAGGCAUUACCAGAACACCAGAACGAAGACUGGAUGGAAGACUUCAAGCAGUUCAAGAAAGACCAAAAGGGCGGCAAGGCCCAGCCGGCCAAGGACACCCCGUCCGAGUUGCAGUCCUCUAUUUGGACCACGACAACGAUGGGUGGCCGGAAGAAGAAGAGAAAGGGAGCGUUGACCAACCCAUCAGCCUUUUCUAUGACCUCGUCCGCCAUGGUCAGGACGGAACAACUCACCCUUCUGGACGCCAGGUUCGACAAGAUUGAGGAGGAGUACACAAAUGAGAUGGGUGACGACAUGGCAUCUGUCUCGGAAGUAUCAACGGCGACCAGUGUGACCGGACCCACCAGAGGCGACUUUGACAGCAUCAUGGAUGAUUUUCUGGGCAACUACACUAGGCCUGGAAAACGGACAAACAAGAAGAAUAGGCCGCAGACUGGUCUUGAGCAACUGGACGAGAUCAGACAGGGUCUUGGCCCAGCUCGGUUCCGUUCACUCAACACCAAGAGGGUUUAG